GUCAGAAGCCUGCAAUACUUCAAAAUAAGAUGAAGAUCCUAGCAGUAUUGUUGAUGUUGGUGGCAAUAGCAGCAGGAGUGAACAGCAAUCUAGAGCAAGAAGCCAAUGUAUUGAAUUAUAAUGAACAAGAUUCCAAUAAAAUGGUGGAAUCAGAUCUAAUGGCAUCAAGACAAAUUGUUUGGGGAGUCGAUGGGCCUGAUGACCGACUAAUAUCCUCGACUAUUCAUUCGGCAGAUGCUUUUAACUUCUUGAUUAACGACCAAGAAGUUACUUACCGGGGCCACGAAACAACUAACAUAACAAGAAUUGUUGUUUUGAAGCGAGUCGGCGAUAUUACUCAAGUUGAUUUAGUGGACGGCGGCCUGUACCACAACUUCGUCACUAUAAGGUUUACCUGUCAACGAUCUUACUCUAUGUACAAUAUAAUCGACAUCUUUGCGACUAUAAACUGUCAUAAUAAUUAAAUAAACAAUGAGUAAGCACAGUAAUUACCUAAUUAAUUAUUUUCCUGAAGAAUGUAGAAGCCAUUGACAGAAUAAACGACUU